CUUGUUUCAGAAAAGUUGUUAUUAUCUCUUAAUAGGGAUGGGGACAUCUAUGCUGCUUUGCGUGACUGCCACAGAGCUCUAAGACUAGACCCAAAUCACACCAAGGCCCAUUUUCGUCAAGCUCGGUGUUUGUAUGAACUACACUGGUUCCAGGAGGCCCUCUCCUGCCUCAAUCAUUUCAAGUUGAAAUUUCCAGAGCAAGCAGAAGGAAGUGCAGCAAAAACUUUAGAGAGAGAUAUCAGAGCUGCUGCAUUUGCUGAGACUUGUGAAAACAGUGAAGAAGAGGCAAAUGCUCAGUCUGAACCACUUCCAAAUCGGCGCAGGAGGAGGCCUAGCAUUGUGUCUGAUCAAGAGAAAGACUUCCGCGCUGGAGCACUUGAUUAUGAUCAGCGGUUCUGUGGACAUUGUAACACAACUACAGAGAUAAAAGAAGCAAACUUUUUUGGCAACAAUGGGCAGUAUAUUGUGGCAGGCAGUGAUGAUGGUUCAUUUUUCAUGUGGGACAAAGAGACAACAAAUUUAGUGAGAGUUCUUAAGGGAGACGAUUCUAUUGUGAAUUGUUUGCAACCACAUCCAAGUAUGUGUCUUCUGGCUACAAGUGGAAUUGAUCCUGUUAUCAGACUAUGGAGUCCAUGUCCAAGGAGUGGAGAUAUACAAGAUAGAACUAUAGAUGAGGUUGAAGCUGCAGCAAGGGCAAAUCAGCGGAGAAUGAAUGCUGAUCCUUUGGAAGUGAUGCUUAUGAACAUGGGAUACAGAUCAAGAUUUACCAUGGGAGAAGGCAGUGAUGAAGAUGACACUGAAACCCCAAUACAGUGUCGCACUAGUUAGACACUAAAUUGCCCUUGCCAUUUAAUAAAAACUAAAACUCAAGUAAAUAGGAAACAUAUGGACUUAAGAUAAUUACGAGUUGAAAAAGCUGUCCAGUUUUGUACAUUUGUUGCAAGCCUCCCACAUGCUCAUUUUUCAGUUGAUUGGGUAUCAGUGGUAGUGACUCCCUGGUGAUAGACAAGAAGGAAAUGUUGGCCUUUGGAAAAGGUGGCAUUCUUUUGAAAGGGGUAAUGUCUUGUAAGGGCUUUAGAGAAUGUCUCCAUGGAUGGGUAUUUUUUAAAAUCAGACAUGAAUGGUUUAGUUAUUGAGAUGCUCAUGCUUUCCAAGGCCAUAUUGAGUAAUAAAUUUAAAGCCUUCUUUUGUGCAAGAAAUGACUCAAUGUUUUUGCUCCCACUUAGCCUUCUACUCCUUUGCUUAAAGUUCGCUAAUUUAUGGAAGGACAGGUGUCCAAUAUCAGGUCAUCAUACAUUUGAACUCUUCAGGACAAGUUGCUGACCAGCUGUCUGAAGACUUCUCUGUCAGGUCUAUUAAAUCCCCCUUAAUGUUGGUUGGGAGAGUUUUCAUGUAAUUUUGUUUGUUACAUGUUUAUUGAAUUGAGCUUGGAAAUAAAUGUCACUGAGCGGUAGUAUCUUGGUAAAGCUCAGAAGGCCCUGGUGGUUUUGAAAUAUUUAUAAAGUGGAUCUUUUAAAUGACAUCAGUGAGGUUGCCUUUGUUUUCAACGUUUAUUUUGUCAUUUGUUUUGCUGGUAAAACUGGGUAGAUCGAUUGUAGAAAGAGCUAACAAAUAAUGGUAUUGCAGAAAUUAACAACAACAAAAGCUGAAUUUUACUUCUUUGAUGUGUGGUAGCACAUAAUAGGUAGUUGAAAAUGGAGGAAAUGAUUUACAAUAAAUUCAAUUCUCAAAUCUGA